UGCAGUGUCUGCAGUUGGGUCCGGAGCUGGAGAGCAUUUGCCCAGCCAGCCCGGAAGGGGGUUCCUUUUCCUGCCCAAUCUCUGCUCUCAGGCGGCGCCGGCUCUGUCGUCCCUCGCCCCACAGCUGUGCCCUUCCGGGCCCAGCUCCCGGUGUCAGUUUUUCUGGGCUCCUCGAGGAGUUGGGGCCAGGAGGUUCGGAGAUAGUGGCCGCUUCCCGGCGCGGGAGUAAGGGGUGCGCCCCUCUUCCGCUGCGCCGGGCCCGCGCCUCCAUGGGCCCAAGCCAGAAGCCCAACGUGUGCGGCCGGCUCAGUCGCCGGGCGCUGGGCUUUUUCUCGCGCGACGCGGGCAUGGUGCAGAGGACGAACCUGGGCAUCUUGCGGGCGCUGGUGUGCCAGGAAAGUACUAAAUUUAAGAAUGUUUGGACAACUCAUUCCAAAUCACCUAUAGCCUAUGAGAGAGGAAGAAUAUAUUUUAACAAUUAUCGGUGCUGUGUCAGCAGUGUUGCAUCAGAGCCACGGAAACUUUAUGAAAUGCCAAAAUGUUCCAAAUCAGAAAAAAUAGAAGAUGCUUUAUUAUGGGAAUGCCCAGUGGGAGAAAUGCUUCCCAAUCCAUCAGAUUAUAAGUCCUCACUCAUAGCACUGACUGCUCAUAAUUGGCUACUUCGUAUAUCAGCAACUACGGGAAAAGUCCUUGAGAAAAUAUAUCUUGCUUCAUACUGCAAAUUCAGAUACUUGAGCUGGGACACUCCGCAAGAAGUCAUUGCUGUCAAGUCAGCUCAGAACAAAGGUUCAACAUUGGCUCGGCAGGCAGGCAUUCAACAGCCUGUUUUGCUGUACCUUGCAGUGUUCCGUGUGCUACCUUUUUCACUCAUAGGGAUUCUGGAGAUCAACAAAGAGAUUUUCGGGAACGUCACGGAUGCCACCUUGUCUCAUGGAAUACUGAUUGUGAUGUACAGCUCAGGACUGGUCAGACUUUAUAGCUUCCAAGCCAUCACCAAGCAGUUCAUGCAACAGAAACUUGACUUAGGGUGUGCAUGCAGAUGGGGUGGGACUACUGGAACUGUAGGAGAGGCUCCCUUUGGCAUUCCUUGUAAUAUUAAAAUCACAGAUACACCGCCACUGCUCUUUGAGGUGUCCUCGCUGGAGAAUGCUUUUCAGAUUGGAGGCCAUCCUUGGCACUACAUCAUUACACCUAAUAAGAAGAAACAGAAAGGAGUUUUCCAUAUUUGUGCCCUAAAGGACAGUUCCUUGGCAAAAAAUGGGAUCCAAGAAAUGGAAUGUUGUUCUUUAGAAUCUGAUUGGAUCUACUUCCACCCUGAUGCUUCUGGCAGAAUAAUACAUGUUGGCCCAAAUCAGGUCAAAGUUUUAAAGCUAAGUGAAGUAGAAAAUAAUAGUGCCCAGCAUCAGAUCUCUGAAGAUUUUGUCAUUUUGGCCAACAGAGAGAAGAACAAAAAUGAAAACCUACCCACUGUUACAGCUUCUGGACGGGUGGUAAAAAGAAGUUUUACCAUUCUGGAUGAUGACCCAGAACAAGAGACUUUCAAAAUUGUCGACUAUGAAGAUGAGUUGGAUUUGCUUUCUGUGGUAGCUGUUACUCAAAUAGAUGCUGAAGGAAAAGCUCACCUGGAUUUCCACUGUAAUGAAUAUGGAACUUUACUUAAAAGUAUUCCACUCAUGGAGUCAUGGGAUGUGACGUACAGCCAUGAAGUCUACUUUGACAGAGACUUGGUACUACACAUAGAGCAGAAGCCCAGCAGGGUCUUCAGCUGCUAUGUUUACCAGAUGGUAUGUGACCCUGGGGAAGAAGAGGAAACCACAGACAAAAGGAGUAAAAGAGAUCACAAUAAUUUUAGAUUUUGAGAUGUAACUUAGGAGACUUCUAGCCAAACACCCCAGGAGCCAUGUCCAGUCCUCUUUUUUAUCAUCUGCAUAGUAUAUUCUCCAAUGUUUUCCAAAAAAGGUCUUGUGUUGACUUCCGACGAUUGUGACUUCUUUUUUAAACUCUGGCCAUACAAGGUGGUGAGGACUUCACUUUAUAUAAAGGUUUUUACAAUAACAUCCCAAGAAGCCUGGCAUUUUGCAGUUUUUUAGGUGGGUGGUGAUGCAAAUAUAAAAUACUAAAGGUCAGAGAAGGAAAGUUAAUUCUGAUUAUUUGGAGGUCAUUGAAUAGGGGGUGUUUAGCAUGGUUAUUAAAGGAUGGCAUGGAAUUUUGACUGGUGAAACUAGGAGGAAGAGACAGAAGGAUACAGAACAUACAGAAGCAGAUACUAUAUCCUGUCAACCAGACUUGAAGGAUGGAAGAUGAGAUCUAUAAUAUGAAAGCAUACUUGGAAACAAAACUGUGUCAUCAUGGUUUUUAAAAUAUAUAUAUGUGUGUACGUGUUUGAUAUUAUAUAUAGUAGCAGAAGUUGACUUUUCCAUGGUUUUUUUCUCUUUGAUGUUCCCAUUGUUUUUUGUGUGUUUCUGUUAGACUAAUCUAAAAGAGUUCAAGCAAGCUUUAAGUGAUUUUUUUUCUCAUACAUAGCCAGUUUAGCUGUUAAUACAUCUAAAAAUAUUGUACUAAUUUCACUAUUUUAUUUAUUUGGUGAAUCUGCCAGUUCUGCUUAGACAAUAUUUUUACACCUAAGCGGUAAGAUAAAGGUAUCCUAGGUUACACCAGCUCUGCUCCCUGUGGGAAGAAUAGAUAAAGUCCCAGGAGUUUUUAUUAGUUUGGAGACUGACUGACAGCUAGAAAAAGCUUUUGGUUCUAUCUUAAUUGUGAAAUGAGUAUUUUUUUUCUUCUUUGUUAGAACCGAUGGAAAUAUGAUUCUUGAACUCAGAUAAUCAUUCUUAAGAAUGUUAAAUAAAAGCAACCCAAGUAAA